AUGUGCACGCACCAUGCGUGGAAAGGCUGGUUCGUCUUGCUGAAAUUCCCGGCGAGUUUUCUAGCGAUAGCGGUACUAGUUGCGAUCCCGCCCGCGCGAGCGGAAGAGAUCGACUUCGUUCGCGAUGUGCAACCGAUCUUCCAAGCGCACUGCGUGAGCUGCCACGGUGCCAGCGAUCAACAGGGCGGGCUGCGGCUCGACUAUCGCGACAGUGUUCUGCUCGGCGGCGACUCCGGUCCCACGUACGUCGCCGGCGAUAGUGCGGGCAGCACGCUGAUCACGCGCGUGACGGCCGACGAAGACGAGCGGAUGCCGCCACCCUACGAAGAAGACGUGCAGCCGCUCACGGAAGCGCAGAUCGAAACGCUUCGCAAAUGGAUCGACGCCGGGGCCAACUGGCCCGACGCUGCCCGAGGCACUGGCCACAUCGAGUCCGAUCAUUGGGCGUACCAACCGAUCGUCCGCGGAGCACCCCCGGCGGUGAAGAACCGCGAUUGGGUUCGCAGCCCGAUCGAUGCUUACGUGUUGGCCAGGCUUGAAGCCGAGGGAAUAGAGCCCUCGCCUGAAGCCGAUCGGUACACCUUAAUUAAACGUCUGUACUACGACUUGGUGGGCUUGCCGCCGACGCCGGGUGAAGUUGACGCGUUUGUGAACGACGCGGCCGACGAUGCGUAUGAGCAGUUGGUCGACCGCUUGUUGAAGUCGCCGCACUUUGGCGAACGCUGGGGCCGGCACUGGAUGGACAAGGCCCGCUAUGCCGACUCCGACGGUUACGAGAAAGAUCGCCCCCGCCCCAACGCCUGGCGCUAUCGCGAUUGGGUGAUCGAAGCGGUGAACCGCGACAUGCCGUUCGAUCAGUUCACCAUCGAACAAAUGGCCGGCGACCUGUUGCCCGAUGCCACCCCCAUGCAGCAGCUCGCCACUGCGUUUCAUCGGCAAACGCUCACCAACACCGAAGGCGGAACCGACCAGGAAGAGUUCCGCGUGGCCGCCAUCGUCGACCGCAUCGCCACCACCGGUUCGGUCUGGCUGGGCCUUACGGUGGCCUGCGCCCAGUGCCACACUCAUAAAUACGACAAGAUCACGCAGAACGAGUACUACCAACUCUUCGCCUUCUUCAACAAUGGCGACGAAAGCGAAACGCAAGUUCCCGUCUCCGAAGAAGCCGUCGCCAAGUACGAGGUCCAGCUCGCCGAACACCACGCCACCAGCGAAACGCUACAAACCAAACUGCGCAAGCUUCGCGAUGAGCUGGCCCCACAACUCGCCGCCUGGGAAGCCGAAGCACAGCACAGCCUGGCCGAAGCUGCCAAGAACCCACCGGAGUUGAUCCCGCUGGAUGUGGUCAACGUGAAUUCCUCCGGCGGGGCCACCUUCGAACGACUCGACGACGGCUCGUACCUGGCCAGCGGCAACAAUCCUGAUCGCGACACCCUCACCGUGCUGGCUAAGUCGCCGACCAGCGACAUUUCGAGUCUUCGCCUCGAGACGCUCUCCCACGCUUCACUUCCGGCCAACGGUCCCGGCCGCGUGGCUCACGGUAACUUUGUGCUCAACGAGCUGACUGCCUUCGCUGGGCCCAGUGAAGAACUCGGCGAAGAGCACCAGGUGACGCUCGCCUCGGCCACGGCCGAUCAUUCGCAAGGUGGAUACGAUGUGGCCGGCGCUAUCGACGGAGAAGCCAAAACCGGUUGGGCCGUCGGCAAAGAAUACGGCAAAGACCAUUGGGCCGAGUUCACGCUGUCCGCUCCCCUUGCUGUCGAAGCCGAAACGGUGUGGAUCAAACUGCAACUCGAACAAAACCACGGCCGGCAACACACCAUCGGGCGCAUUCGCUUGCUGGCUAACACGGGCGACGAUCCCAACGCUGGCAUGCCGGAAAACAUCGUCGCCGUGCUGCGUACCGAAGCCGACAACCGUACGGACGAGCAACGCCAGCAACUGCUCGACUACUUCGUCUCCACCAAACCGCAAGGGGCCAAACUGCUGGCCCGCAUCGCAGCGCACAACAAGAAGAAGCCCGAGCCCCCCACAAUGCAAGUUCGUGUUAUCGCCCACCGCAACGAAGACCCCCGCACCACGCGCCUGCUCCGGCGGGGCGACUUCCUGCAACCCCAGGGCGAUGGGAUUGUGCCCGACACGUUGGCUGUGCUGCAUCCGCUGGAGGCCCGCGACCCGGCGAACCCCAACCGCUUGGAUCUCGCGUACUGGCUGGUCGAUGGUCGCAACCCUUUAACGCCCCGCGUGGCCGUGAACCAAGUCUGGUCGCACCUCUUCGGCGAAGGGCUCGUCGAAACGAUGGACGACUUCGGCAUCCGCGGCGAAGAACCCACGCACCCCAAGCUGCUCGACUGGCUGGCCCUCGAGUUCAUCGACCUGGGCUGGAGCCGUAAGGCGAUGAUUCGCCGCAUUGUCACCUCGGCCACCUACCGGCAAUCGUCGCAGCAUCGACUGGAGCUGGCCGAAGUCGAUCCGCGAAACAAACUGCUGUAUCGCCAGAAUCGUUUUCGUGUCGAAGCCGAAAUCGUCCGCGACUUGCAUCUCUCUGCCAGCGGUUUGCUGUCAGAAAAAAUCGGUGGCCCCAGCGUUUUCCCGCCGAUGACCUCUGACAUUGCCUCGCUCAGCUACGCCGGCAACUUCAAGUGGGAAGACAGCAAGGGCGAGGAACGUUACCGCCGCGCGAUGUACACCUUCUUCAAACGCACCGCGCCUCACCCGAACCUGAUCACGUUCGAUUGCCCCGACUCGAACACCACCUGCGUGCAGCGGCAACCCUCGAACACGCCCCUGCAGGCGCUCACCACGCUGAAUAACAUUGUGUUCGUUGAAGCCUCCCAGGCGAUGGCCCGCCGUGCACUAACAGAAGCAACGCCCGAGGACGACGACCGCCUAACAUUCAUCUUCCGCCACUGCGUCGCCCGCGAACCCAACGAGGCCGAACUGGCCGACGCGACCGAACUGCUUAACACCGCGAGGCAGUGGUACACCGAACACCAAGACGCCGCCACCGAACUGGUCGGCGAGUAUGCGGCCAGCGAUAUCUCGGUCGACGAGAACGCCCCCAUGCAUCCAUUCGACGAACAAGUUCGCCGCACGCGACGCGAGUUCUUCAACACCACCGCCAGCGGUCUGGGGAUGGCAGCCCUCGGCUCGAUGCUCGCGGCCGACGGUCUCUUGGGCCCCGGCACCGCGCACGGGGCCGAGUCGACUUCCGCCGCGGCGGCCGACCCCCUGACGCCCAAGCCCACGCACUUCGCACCCAAAGCCAAGUCGUGCAUCUUCAUCUUCAUGGCGGGCGCUGCCAGCCAGCUCGAUCUGUUCGACCCCAAGCCGAAGCUCAACGAACUCAACGGGCAGAAGCUGCCCGAGUCGAUGACGGAGAAUGUGCGGUUCGCCUUCAUUCAGAAAGAAACCGCCACGCUCUUGGGCUCGAAUCAGAAGUUCAAGAAGUUUGGCCAAUGCGGGAUGGAGCUUUCCGAGUUGCUGCCACACCUGGGCUCGGUGGCCGACGAUUUGUUGCUCGUCCGCAGCAUGCACUCCGACCAGUUCAACCAUCACCCGGGCCAACUGCUCAUGCAAUGCGGCCGGGGUGUGUUCGGCUUGCCGUCGAUGGGGUCGUGGCUCACCUACGGUCUGGGGAGCGAAUCGCGAAACCUGCCGGGCUACGUGGUGCUCACCGCCGGGCGAGGCUCCAGCGGCGGAACCACGCUCUGGCAGUCGGGCUUCCUGCCCAGCGUGCAUGCCGGCGUUCGCUUCCGCAACCAGGGCGAAGCGGUACUCAAUCUACAAAACCCGCCCGGUCUUCCGCCCGAGCUGCAGCGUAAGGGGCUCGAUGUCUUGCGCCGCUCGAACGAACGCCGCUACGACGCCGUGCACGAUCCCGAAAUCGCCAGCCGCAUCGCCAGCUACGAACUGGCUUACCGCAUGCAGGCCUCAGCCCCCGAGCUGAUUGACCUUUCCGGCGAGACGCAGCAAACGCUGGACGCCUACGGCAUCGAUCGCAAAACGCCCGAACUUCAGGGCAACCGCGGCGGCGGGGGCGAUCAGUGGCCCAGCUUCUCGACCAACUGCCUGUUGGCCCGACGUCUGGUCGAGCGCGGCGUGCGGUUCGUCAACCUCAUCCACGCCUCGUGGGAUCACCACUCGAAUCUCGAUCAGCAACUUCCGGUCAACGCCGGCAUGGCCGAUCAACCGGUGGCUGCCUUGAUCAAAGACCUCAAGCAACGGGGCCUGCUCGACGAAACCCUAGUGGUGAUGGCCUCCGAAUUCGGGCGCACUCCCCUGGGCGAAAACCGGGGCGGUAGCCGCGAGGUGAACACCGGCCGCGACCAUCACCCUUUCGCCUUCAGCCUGCUCAUGGCCGGCGGCGGCAUCAAGGGCGGCCAGGUCUAUGGCGAAACCGACGAAAUCGGUUGGUCGCCCGUGGUCGAUCCCGUGCACAUCAACGACUUCCACGCCACCAUUCUGCAUCUCUUCGGGCUCGACCAUCUGAAGCUGACUUACCGCUUCCAAGGCCGCGACUAUCGUCUGACCGACCUGGCCGGCGAAGUCAUUCCCCGCUGGAUCGCUUAA